GCACACCUGAAACAAACGCGACCGACCUCAAGUCUGCUGUAUUCAUUGCAUCGUCCCAGCUAUCUCGAUAGAGGAAGUCUCCUCCUCCGCCACUAGGGGGCGAUGUUCUGCGCCCAGACAGCAGGAAGUCAAAAAAAACGUCCACAUCACAUCCGUGAACCAGAACAGCAACAAACGGUCUGAGGCAGUUCCACCUAAGUCCUGCUGAGACAGUCUGUAGAUGCCAUCUGGAGCGCCAUCGGGGGAGAACUGUCUCGUCGACAUGGACAGCAAAGCUGGAGAUCUGUUCAGUGCUGAGGAUGCUCAUCCAACCGGCACAGGCGGAGCUGGAAUCUUGGCCAGGCUCUGGCUCCCCAAAGGCCUCUCAGCCAGUAUGGCUAAAGAGUGGGUCAACAAGCGCCGACUGUCCAUUCGACCGUGGGCCACCUUCGUGGACCAACGCAAGUUUUCAAAACCCCGCAACUUUGGAGCGUUAUGUCAGAGAGUGGUGAAGAACGUGGACACUUUCAACAGCAACUACACCUUCAUCUUCCUGGGUCUCAUCCUCUACUGCAUUGUCAGCUCUCCCAUGCUACUGAUUGCCUUGGCUGUGUUUGCUGGCGCCUUCUACAUAAUUCACCUCAAGUCCCUGGAGUCCAAACUGGUUGUCAUGGGCAAGGAGCUGAAUGUCCCUCACCAGAUGGGUCUGGCUGGAGCCAUUUCUCUCCCUGUGUUCUGGUUGGCCGGCGCUGGAGCUGCAGUCUUUUGGGUUCUAGGAGCGACGCUGUUUGUGAUUGGCUCUCACGCUGCGUUCCGUGAGCUGGAGGCCUCUGAUCUGGACGAGCUCCUCAUGGAGCCCGUGUGAAGAGCAGACUGAACCCUCUGCGGGCGCUGCUCCGCAAUCAGUCAUCACUGUUACUUUGUAAUCACGUGGCUGACGGGUUGAGGAAGAACUGCUCCUAGAUCUGCUCCUCAGCUACGCGUGUGUCCUAUAUUCCCUGUAUUGCAAUGUCCCUGGUGUUGCCUCUAAAGUGGUUAUUGUUACAGACUCAUUCACAUUACCGCAGACGUUAUUCAUUUGAUUCGAGCACAUUAACAUACAAAUGAUAUGCCUUUGUCUAUGUACAGUAUGUUAAACCUCGGAUGCCUCUGGUUUAUGUCAAAUAGCCUCUUGCUUCCUGCAACGUCUCAUACACAGUGAUAUAUCUUUCAAUUUAUUAAUCUGUAUAAAGUAAAUGCAUUGUUUACAAUUCUAAACUGCUCAAAAAAAGGUGAAUUUUACAAAGGAAAGGUGCCAUUUAAAGCUUUAGGAUGACCAUGCACAAAGAAAACUACGUUUUAUUUAAGAAGAUACAAAAACUAAUUGAGUAUCUCAGAUCGGGUACUUAAACUAGAUAGGUCUUAAAAGGUCACUACAUAGUAAUAGUGUUUUGUUUGGGGGAUAAUUUGGUACAUUGGUGUCAGAUCUGAAGGUUACUCUGUAAACAUGAAAUCAUUCUUUUGAAAUUCAUUAAUCAUAUUUACAUUUUGAUGUAAGUUGGGUGUUUUUGUAUUCUGGAAGUGCAAUAAACCCCUGAUGUAAAGAUGUAA